CACAGCGUACACCGAAAAUUUAACUUCAGGUAUUUAAGUAGUAGCCGAACAAGGAUUAUAAUACCUUCAAAUAGAUCUGUUAACAGAAGCAAGCAUUUUGAGUACUCUUUGAGGACUAAUUAAGGAGAAGCUUGUGAUGGAUAGCACAAACUCAAGUUCCACCAUUUCAAUAAGUGUCCUUCUUUUGAGGGUCUUAACCUUCAUCUUUUUGCUCAUUGCCCUCAUUUUCAUUGCCAUAAACAGGGUAACAGAUGAUUACACAGGUGACAAACUCGAAUCCAAGGAUGUCUAUGCUUAUCGAUAUAUGAUCUCUACGAUAGUCAUUGGAUUUGCAUAUAACCUCCUGCAAUUGGCAUUCUCAAUCUUCACUGUGGUCUCGGGAAAGCGUGUAUUAAGAAGUGAUGGUGGCUAUCUAUUUGAUUUCUUUGGUGACAAGAUCAUAUCAUACUUCCUGAUUUCGGGUUCAACUGCUGGAUUAAGUUUGAAUGUAGAGCUUCGUAGAGAACUUCCCUCGAACACCUUUUUUCAUAAGGCUAACGUUUCAGCCAGCCUUCUUCUAGUUGGAUUUUUGUUCACUGCCACAGCAUCAAUUUUCACUUCCUUUGCUUUACCAAAGAAAACUAAUAAUUAACUAAUGAGUUGUGUGUUUGAUACAAUAAUUUUUACAACAAUAUAUGAUCUUUCUCGCUUUCUUUUUCAUUGUUGUAAAAAUUGUUGCCAAGUAACAUUUCUCUUAAUUAAUUAGCUUGAUGCGCAUAUAGAAAAGGAUGGACAUGGACUAUGAUACUUUCUUAUUAUUCGCUUCUCUAGUUAAUUUGGUUUAGUUCAAUUAACUUUUUGUUGGUCAA